UUUUUUUAGCGAUAACAUUGAAAAUUGUGCAGAUAAGACAAAGUUCUUGUGAAAUGUAAAAACGUCUAAUAAUUUUACUUUGUUUUCGUUACCCGACAAAUGUAGUAGAUUAGUUUAUCAGUGUUAAUGUUUCAUAAUGUCCAUACAGAAAAAACUAAUAAUCGUGGGUGAUGGCGACUGUGGAAAAACUUGUCUUUUAAUAGCCUUUGCUAAGGGCACAUUCGAUUCAAAAUACAGACCCACCGUAUUCGAAAAUUAUGUAGCAGAUAUUGAAGUUGACGGAAAAAACAUUGAAUUGUCUCUGUGGGACACUUCCGGACAAGAGGAUUAUGAUCGUCUACGACCCAUCCAGUACCCAGAAACAGACGUUGUUUUGAUUUGUUUUUCUCUAGCAUGGAUAGAUUCUUUGUACAAUAUUCCGAUUCGAUGGUCGCCUGAAGUAAAACGUUUUUGUCCGAGUGUACCCAUUUUGCUAAUUGGAACCAAAAGUGACCUAAGAGAAGAUGAAGAAGAACUAGAAAAGCUAGAGAAGUUGAAAAAGAAACCAGUAACAAGAGAAGACGCGGAAGCUGUUGCUAAGAGAAUAGAAGUAAUUACUUAUCUUGAGUGUUCUGCAAAGACUAAAUUCAAUGUUCAAACUGUGUUUGCGGAAGCGGCUAGAGCUACGAUUGGUCAAAAGAAGAAAAAGAAGAAGUGUAAAUGUGCAUUAAUAUAAUUUUAACAAUGACAAAUAUGUUUAGUGGUCUAAAAUUAAUAGAAGAAAUGAAUAUUGUGAUCUUGAGUAAAUAUAGUGAUGUAAGCAAGCUACAAUAAUUUUUGUUUAAAAGUAAACCUAAUUUUGACUUAAA